ACAUAUAAAGACAAACGAAGCAUAGUAUUCCGGUCUCCGGAGUAGUCAUACUCAUACCAGAGAAAGAAGCAAUCAAAACCAAAUCAACAUCACAAAACUCUCUUCCACCCAUACCAACACUCAACAACUCACUCAAACUUGUCAGUUCUACAGAGAAAGAGGAAAAAAAGAGAAAGAGAUGAGUGGGGAUGGAAGGAGAGAAAGGAGAGACAACGAUGACAAGGGUUUGCUAUGGAAAUUGCCUGUUAUCAAGACUAAUGAGUUAGGGAAACUUGGCCCUGCUUUUGGUAUUGGUGUUGGUUGUGGUCUCGGUGUUGGUAUUGGAUUUCUUGGAGGUGUAGGGAUAGGUCCUGGAAUUCCUGGACUGCAGCUAGGAGCUGGGUUUGGUGCUGGAUGUGGAGUUGGAGCUGGCUUUGGUUACGGCAUGGGGAAAGGAGUUGCACACGAUGACGUUCGGCGAUAUUCUAAUGUUGGGCGACCUUCUCUGGAGAACGGACAUCUUCCUUCUCAGGAAGAAAUAGGAGUUCUGAUUGAUGAUUUGGUUGUGCAAACAAAAAAGGUAAUCCGAGCAACUUCAAGAGAGAUUGAUAAAUGGAGAAGAUGAAGACUACUGGAUUGUAUGCAUGUCAUUUCAUUAUUAUUUCUUAAUGAUUCUAAGUGGCAAUGAAAGUCAUACUUCAAGUCGUCAAACUCAGACUUCUUACUACUGUUUUAUGUUUGUACAUACAUUUGCUUGAACUUUGACUUCUGCAUGAGCAUCAAAACAUAAUGAUACGUUUUACAGCUUUGGAGGGAUUUCGUAGAAGCAAGUAGGUAUCUGUACAGUGUACACUAUGUAUGUUAAUUAAGUUUACUGUUUCCGCCGA